AUGUCUCUCACCAAAGUCGCCGCGACCAUCGCGGGUGGACUCGCUACUGCUGCGUACCUAGAUGCCAAAUACCUCAUCGGACAUGACCUCAAGAGCGGGUCACUGUCGGGCAGUACCAAGCGGGCAGUCGAGUUCAUUACGCAGAGAGCCUCCCAGGACAAGCUUCUCAUAUAUCACCUCUUCGAGGAACAUGCUCAGGGCAAGAACGCCGACAAUCUCUUCCUGAUAUUCGAAGACCGGGCUUGGACCUACAAGCAGUUCUUCGAAGACCUGCAAAGGGUGGGCAACUGGUUGUUGAAGGAUCUCGGCGUCCAGCCCAAGGAGAUUGUCGCACUUGAUGGUGGAAACAGUCCGGAAUACCUGCUGCUCUGGUUUGGGCUUGAAGCAAUCAAUGCGUGCCCGGCUUUCAUCAACUGCAAUCUGACUGCAGGGCCUUUGACGCAUUCUAUCAAGCUCUCCGACGCCCGUUACCUGCUGGCAGAUCGUGCGGUACAAAGCCUGGUUCAGCCGUACGAACCCGACCUCUCCGCCGCCAAUGUGCAGACGAUAUACUAUGACGAAGCUUUCAUUGCUUCACUCUCGGAUCGCACGCCCCUGCCGAGGUCACGGCAGCAGGGGAUUCGCCCCGACGAACUGUCCGGCUUAAUCUACACCUCCGGGACGACGGGCAUGCCCAAGGGCGUGGUCAUGCUACGAGGACGGGAGCUGAACACUGCCAGGGGAGUCGGCGAGUACCUCCAGUUGAAGCCUCACAACCGAAUGUAUACAGCAUUGCCUCUGUAUCAUGGAGCAGGCCACGGCCUGUGCAUGACGCCCUCGAUCUUCGGCGGCUCCACGGUCGUCCUGAGCCGCAAGUUCAGCCACAAGACUUUCUGGCCUGAGGUGCGCAAGUCCAAAGCCGAUAUCAUCCAGUACGUGGGCGAACUAUGCAGAUAUCUGAUCAACGCGCCACCGAGUCCACUGGACAAGCAGCACAACGUCAAACGUGCCUGGGGCAACGGCAUGCGGCCCGAUGUCUGGGAAGUCUUCCGAGAACGAUUUGGCAUCGAGACCAUCAACGAACUGUAUGCGGCCACGGACGGUCUGGGGGCGUCGUUCAAUGCCAACAGGGGCGACUUUGGCCGCAACGCGAUCGGCGUGCGUGGUCUCCUCUGGCACUGGUCGAACGGGGGAAACGAGAAGCGCGUCCGCAUCGACCCAGACACGGAAGAGAUUCUGCGCGACAAGAACGGCUUUGCGAUCGAAUGCAGGACCGGCGAGGCCGGCGAAGUGCUACAUAAACUGGACCCGGCGACCGCCGACACCGUGUUUGCAGGAUAUUACAAGAACAAAGGCGCCGGGCAGAAGCGCAAGAUCAGCGACGUGUUCGAAUGGGGCGACCUGUGGUUCCGGUCGGGCGACAUGAUGCGUCAAGACGCCGACGGGCGCGUGUACUUUGUGGAUCGGCUGGGCGACACGUUCCGCUGGCGCAGCGAGAACGUCUCGACGAACGAAGUGAGCGACGUGCUCGGCCGCUUCGAGCAGAUUGCCGAGGUCAACGUCUACGGCGUCCAGGUGCCGCACGCCGACGGCCGCGCCGGCUGUGCUGCCAUCGUCCCUGCGCAAGGCGUGUCCGCCGACGAGCUCGACCUCGCCCGUCUGGCCCAGCACGCCAUCUCCAUUCUCCCGCGCUACGCCGUGCCCAUCUUCCUGCGCAUCGUGCCUCAGCUCGAGUACACGGGCACCAUGAAGAUGCAGAAAGGCCGUCUGAGAGGCGAGAGCGUCGACCUCGACAAGAUCCGCCAAUCGAGUCCCGACGACAGGCUGUUCUGGCUUCCCCCUGGGGCAAAUACUUAUCUUCCGUACGGGCCGAAGGAAUGGGCGGACUUGAAGGCCGGGAGGGUGAAGCUGUAG